UUGGAAUGAGUAAUCAUGACGAACGAAGUGUCGAACAGUUUCCUAAACCCUGGAUCGUAGUAAUCGUUUUCCAUGGUGACAGAUAGUUUUUGAAACCAUUCAAUCGUAAACACCAAAAUGAACCGUUUCAACCGCAUCGCCGCCCUCAACAAGCAAUUUGCUAAUACUUCAAGAUACACCCAAAUUCGGGUGUUUUGCCAAAAAUCAUCUCCUUCCCCGUCAAAAUGGCGUCUGACACCUGCCUCAUCAAACUACGCCAACCACUGGCGACUGGACCGGGCAUUCUCGUGGAUUCUACUGGGCACCAUCCCGCUUGGACUAACCUACCCGAGCAAGGCCAUGGACGUGGUAAUCGCCGUCUGCGUCGUUGGACAUCAGCAGACGGGCCUCUCCUCGGUGGUGACCGAUUACGUUAGGACGGAUUUUCUACGAGGGAUGGCUACCAAGACUGUCCAAGGGGCGACUAUGGCGCUGUCCGCAGCCACACUUGCUGGGUUGCUGUAUUUGACUUUUGCUGAUAUUGGAAUAACGGAGACGGUUCGUAGGAUUUGGGCCGUGGAACCGAAGAAGUCAGUGGUAGUGUAGAUAUUUGUGAUUAUUGGAAACAGGUUAUCAGUAAAUAAAAUGUUUAUCUCAAUUUCUCUGCAGUUUGGGGUGUUAUGAAUUUAACAGUACAUAUGAUAAAAGAGUGCGAACUUUACCACUUCUAGUAUCUACUCUGCAUUA